CUGUAUAGACAGGGAAGCACAUCACAUGUUUAUAAUACGCUCAUAACCAAUGGAUCAGCUGACGGAGAUGUGUUCAGCAGGGAAUACACGGACAUACACAUGCAUAUUCAACAAGAGAGUGUUUCAUUUCUAACAGGGAAGUACAGACGCAGAAAAUUACAAUAUCAGUUUUUUGUGAAUAUAUUUUAAAUUCAAGAUCUCAGUCUCCCCUUGGCAUCUCUAACAGCAGCAUCCGCAUUGAGGACAUCAAACCGCCCCCACUUAAUAGGACUAUGAUGUCGGAAGAACUCGGGGAACUGGCUCGCUUUCAUGCUGUUCUCAUUGCCCUGAGCAUCGUGAUCAUCCUCCUCGGCAUCACAGGAAACAUCACCAUCCUCUACAUCUACACCUUCAAGAUCAGGCUACCCGUGUUCGGUUUCUUCGUGAGGGCGUUGGCUACUGUUGACCUAGUCAACACCCUAUACACCAUACCAUCAUUUGUUACUUUCAAAACAUUGCCUUCGGUCACUGAUCUUCAAAAUGGCUUGUGCAAGUUUUUCGGUUUCACCAACCACUUCAGUAUGCUGACGACAGGAAUAAUGUAUAUCGCGAUUGCAGUCCAACGAUUCCAGAAGAUCUGUCGACCACAUGGUACCCAAAUGACGGCUAGCACGGCUAGAAGAGUUGUCGCAUUGUGCAUGACGUUGUCCUUAAUUGUCAGCGCCCCAAUAAUAUUCUUAGUGAAGCUGUCCCCAAUGACCAUGGAUUCAAUGACAGUCCGUAUGUGUAGUUUCAAGAAUGAAACAUUUUCGUUUCAUGGGCAAUAUAAUCUGCCCCUGUAUCUGUCGGUAUGGGUGUUCCUUGAGUUUCUGGUCAUCACGCUGGCACUUGUAGUGAUGUACUGCAGAAUAUCGAAAGUGCUGAGAGGAUAUACCAACCUAUCCAUUACGUGUGGUGAGAAUCUCCUAAAGCCGACGACAGCGUUUUCCAUUUUGACGGUGGUCUUUUUCUGCACUGGAAUCCCGGUAACGGUCCUAUGCUUGUAUCGCAGUCUGACGGACGAAAACAGUGACACGGAGAAGUGGGAGUUACAUUUGACAGAUCUAGUUGUAUGUUUGCCCUUUAUUAACUGUGUGGUCAACCCGUUCGUGUACAGCUGGUCGUCGGGGCGGUUCAGAGCUGAGGUUAAAGCUACUCUGUGUGGACCAACGACCUGUCCGACAGAAUAAGGAUAAGGUAUGACCCUAAUUUAGCUUACACUUCUGAAGCUCCAGUGGAAUGUUCAACUUGAUUCUCACCGGGUGCACAACACGUGGAUGUGGACGUUCAGUUUGCAACGGUUCGAGAAGAUAUGUCAUACUAAGGCCCACAACGCGGUGUGAAUAGGGUUCAG